UUUUUAAUAGGCCCAAAUGGCCCAAAAGAUAUUUGAUUUGGGCUGGAUCCAAAAAUAAUGACCCAAUAUAGAUUUGUUAUUAAUAUUACUUAAUUGCCCUUAAUGAAACAUACAAUGUUAGUGAAAGAAACAUGCCCCUAAGGUAAUUAUGACAAUAAGAUCCUGCUUUAAUAGUAUAGAUAUCAAUUCUUUGAUUUUCUUCCUGUUUGGUUGAUUCAGUACUUGUACUCGCCUUUUACAGUUUAGUUAAUAAAAUUAUUGCGGUUAAAAAAAAAAAAAAAAAAAAGUCAUCCCGCCCCUACGUUUACCGUUUCAGUUAGCGAAGAUAAUCAAUCCAUAUAUCAGCCUUUAAUUCUAACAACUACAACUAAACUUUCAUCGAUACGUUUCAGAAGCUUCUCAGUUGAAUCCUAUAAAUAUACGUCCACAUAUAACACAAUCCCCAUCUCUUAGAGCUGCCAGAAUCAAGAAGUACUCAGCAGCAGAAGAACACGCUAUUUAGGAUUCUUUGACGAAAAUAGACAAAGUAUGUAAGAGACAUAAGAGAUUUGGAACACCCUUACUCCUUGGAGCAACUAAGUGUUCUGUCUGAAGACUCCAUCACUCUCGAUGACAAGCUUAAUCGCGUCCAGUGAGUAUUAUUAGUCCUCUGUUUAAUGAUCUCACUGUGUAGUCCCAAUGAUAGUGAGAAAAAAAAGUUUAAUUUUGGAUCCAAAAGUGUGAGGCUUUUUUUUGUGUGUACAUGAUAUUUAAUGAUUUGUGAGUUUGUGGGUUUUGGUUAUGUGAUCAAUUCACGAUAACGUUUACACCGACCAUACGGAUUAUAUGGCAACUAUAUUUGGUAUGCGUUUGAGAACUAAGCUUAAAGAAUGCUUGCCUCUCCACUAUAAGGUUGAUAUCAGAGUGUCUCCCGGUUCUCAUGCCGAUGAACAUUCAGAUGCUUCGUGGAUUUUAUUUGGUUUGGAUAAUUGCCCAUGUGGCCUGUGAAUGCAUCCAUGCAGAUUGGAAUGUUUUUAUUUUAUUUUAAACAGUACAGAUCAGAGCAGAGGGUCUAAGGCUGAACAGACGUGUGGGGAUCGAAUACUUAGCAGUGUGGCUAACACGAUCAGGAUCUGUCCCACGCUAUAACCUGAUGGAAGAUGCGGCUCCAGCUGAGAUAAGUCGUGUCCAGAACUGGCAAUGGAUUAGGUAUGAAGUGGAGUUGGACGGAGAUGGGCUUGGAGUCAGGGUGAACAAAGAGUUGUUUGAGAGAGUUGUGGAAGAAGAGAUGGAAAGAAUCGAGAAAGAAGUUGGUAAAGAUAAGUUUAAGAAAGGAAUGUAUAAGGACAACUGCAAGAAGUUUACAAAGCAAUGUACUGCAAGUGAGCUUGAUGAUUUUCUUACACUUGCUGUUUAUGAUCAUAUUGUAGCUCACUACCCAAACAAUGUGUCAAGGCCCUGAGAGAAGAAAAGAAGAUGCUGGAAGAGAGAGUUUGAGAUAUGAGUGUUGUACUUUUGUCUUCUAUGUUUGUUUCUCAUUUGCUUUUUUUCUAUAUGUCUGUAUAUUGGAUGAACUUGAUGUUUUUAUCUCCAAUAUGAAAUAAAUGUUUCUAUAACAUCGCUUAUAAUGUGUAAGGGGCUAUAUAGCAUUGUUUAUUUUGAUAUUAAACAAUCUAUAGAGUUCAAAAUAUAUAAAAUACAAUUGGCUGUUUGUUAUUUCUUUUUCUAUUUUUGAUCUUCUGAUUCUUUGGAGCUGCUAGGUUUUUAUUAUAACCGUGAAAAAUAUAUGAAUGAUAAAUGUAAAAACUUUGCAAGUUAAUUGCCUGAUUAUUGAAGUGUUGUCCUGACUUUUGAGAAAGAAUAUCGUAGAAAGAUGACUGUUAGUUUACAAAAAAGAAAGAUGACUGUUGAUGACAUACACAACAUAAUAUUUUGCAGGAGAAGAAUAACGGAUCUGAAUAAGCAACAAAAAAACAAUAACACUAUAUAUAUAUAUGAAUACAUUAAUCGUAGCUCAAAAUGUACACAAAUUAACCAGUAACAUACACACGUUAUCUUUCAAUUGCAAGCAUAAUGAACUGCUGUAAUACACCAAACACAGAUCUCCGCGCUUGCGCGGAGUUGACGAUUCCUAGUUUUUAUAAAAAGACAUAUUUUUAUGAAAGGACGCAUCUUUAUAUAUAUAUUCACAAUCUAUAAGAACUAAUGCAAUGUUUAAGAUGAAAAGUUGCAUCCUUUUACUAAUAAUAGCAAUCCCAAUUAAUUCUAAAGGUUGUGUGUUUUUAUAAGAAUUUUAUUUUUGUCAAAAGUUGUGUUUGUUCAUUAAGGUGUCUUUUGAUUAAAAGUUGUAUCUCUUCAAUAUGAAAUAUUGUUAAAAUUUGUGAAUAAAUGUUAUGUUGUGUCUUUUCAUCAUAAAAUGUACAUUAAUUGAUUUUUUUUUAAAAAGUUACAGUAUAUAUUACCAUUACAAAAGUGUUAUUUUCAAUAACUAAUUAAAAUAUGAAAAGUUGUGAUUAUUCAUAUGAAUUUUUAUAAAAAGACAUAUUUUUAUGAAAGGACGCAUCUUUAUAUAUAUAUUCACAAUCUAUAAGAACUAAUGCAAUGUUUAAGAUGAAAAGUUGCAUCCUUUCACAAUUAAUUUGAAAAGUUGUGAAAAAUGUCACGAAAAAUUGCAUAUUUCUAUUAAUAUCUACCUAUUCAUACAUUUUCGAUUUGUAAAAGUCCUAUGGUUGCAACUUUCUAUUUGUAUUAUACAUACCUAUUCACUUUUUAAGUGUUGCAUACUUUACUACACGUACCUUUUCAAAUCUAUUUAGACAAUCUUGGAUCAAAAUUUAUAAACAAAAAAUUGAAUGCUCGAUGUAUCACACAUGACGUGACGAAAGGAGUUGUCUCCUACACUUUUAUGAAUCUGCUGAUCAUGAAGUUAAAGCCAAGGCUCAUAACCAUAUCUUCCCAAGAUAAACCCUACCUCCAAACUAUUUUCUCUUUAAUCUCUUACUGUCCCUCUCUCUCUCUCUCUCUCUCUCUCUCUCUCUCUCUCUCUCUCUCUCUCUCUUUCUCGUGGUCGAAGGUCAUUAAUGUUACGAAAAGUGGACACAUACAGCCAUGUAAAAAUCUCUCUUUGUAUAAUAUGCAGGUGUAUGGAACAACUUUUUGCUAUGAAUUGGGUGCGUAAAAAUAAUCUCUUUGCUCUUCUUUUUUUGUUUCCUGUUAGAUCAGAUUAUGAGUUGCACAAAAAAAAGAACAGAUUAUGAAAAAAACACAAUAACCGUUUCAAAACCUCAUUUCUUAUAUGAAUUUCUGUUGUGUCAUUAUAAAUCUAUAUAUCUAUAUAUAAUAGGAGACCCAAUUUGUUACAAAAUGAAGUAAUCACUUUUUUAUAUAUAUAAAAAUUUAAAUCUAACGGAUGUGUUUAUAAUAAUUUGUAAUCUAAAACAAGAUUUGCCCUUCUCUUAUAAGAGCUGACGUCAUCUUGUGGCAAAAGACGCUUCCUCUCUUCUUUACCUCAAUCAACGGUUCUCUAAACGACGCAUUCUUCUACAUUCACAUCUUUGCAAAAGAUAUCCCAUUUGCUUCCUUCCGGUUUGAACACGUUUCAAUCUAUAUAAGGAAGUUUCAAAUUUCUUAUCCUUUUAUAUAUUCCAUCAUUGUCAUCCAAUUGUUUAUGCAUUAAUUUCCAUCUUAUACAGUCUUCUUUUUUUUUUUCUCAAUACAGUUUUCUUUUGUAUCUGUAUUUAUCUCUGCAAUUUCUUACUCCAGUUUCAUCCUUGAUUCGUUAAUUACAGGAAAAAAUAUUAAACCAGUGGGUGAUUAUUAUUUUUUCUUGAAGGGACAUAUCUCUUUUUAAAAGUUUGGGACUGCGUGGGAAGGAGAUGGAGGGAAUCACGUUUCUUUUUUGCCAACUAACAAGCUUUGUUCUCAUAUCACUUACAGAUAUUGGUAUUUUCCCAAGUCUUUUUACAGCAGUUAAUUAUAAUGUUUUUCUAUUCGAUUUUCAUUGCGCUUUUCUAUUUUUUUGUUGAUUGGUAUUUGAUGUUUUGCCAGAAGAAUUGAUCUGAGAGUAGCUUAGUCAAAUUCUACUGAUGUCCCUUUUCAUACUUGUAUGUGUAACUAAUUAUAAUUGAUGCAGAGUUGUUCGAACAAUACCGAGUUAGGUUUGAAUGGAAAAGGUGAAAAAUGGUUGGCUGAAGAAUUUGAUUAUUAACUUUAGAAAAAAUAGAAUUUGAUUAUUUGUUCCCAGAAACUAAUCUUUUUCUUUUUGGUAUAAAUCCCAGAAACUAAUCGUUUGCGUUACACUGAUUUAUGAACAUGCCGAUAUACUGACUAAUUGUUUUCGUUACACUAAUUUAUUUUCAGUGAGCCAUGUUUGUUUGAUAGUUUUUUUUUUCCUUUUUGAUACUUUCGUUUGGUACUUCAAUUAGAAACAGUAGUACAUUUUUUUUUCAUAUAUUUAUACCAUACCUAUGAUAGGAGUUAGCACGUAAAAUGUGUGUGUUUCUACUAAAAUUAGUUCGAAUAAGUUGUCAAAUUAAUAGAUACUACGUAACUAUAAUUUGUGUCUUUUCAUUAUAGGUUAUAUGUUUUUAUUUUUAUAUUCUUUAUAGUUGUAAGAGUUGUAUCUUUUCAUUUUAAACUACAAAUUAGUCUCUAAAAGAUGUUAAAAUACCCAAAUAAGAUAGUUCAUGUUUUAAGUUUCUAUUCUUUGAUUCUUUAAACAUUAGGAAAAAGAUGCACUUGAUGUACCAAAAGAUUUGAUUGAAUAAAAUUUACAUUCAUUAAAAAAUUUCAAAUUAGUAUCUUUCUAUAUUUAUUAUCUUAAGAGUUGUGUCUUUUCAUUUUAUUACAAAUUUUUUUAAGUUGUUAUAAAAUCUCAAUAAGUGGUUUUCUUUAAUUAUUUGUCUUUUAAAGUAUUUUUAGUAAUCAUGUGUCUAUUCAAAAGAAUUUGAAAAAUACUAUUUUAAAAUAAGUAUUAAAAAUCUGAAAGGUCGUGACUAUUCAUAUAAAUUUUUGAAAAACUAUGAAUAGACUAUGUACAUAAUUUAUCAUCAUAAGUCUUCACAAAUUUAUUAAAGUGGUGAAAAAAGUCAUGUACAGUUACAUGGUUACAAAUUCUUAGAAGAUAUGCCAAUAAAACAGCGUCAACAAAAAAUAGUAUAAAAAAUUCUAAACAGGGGAAAUUAUUGGACUUAGUUUCUUCAACUAGACGAGAUGUGUGUUCCUUUAUAUUCAUGUAUGUUCCAUGAAGACAUGAUUCAUGUCAUAUACUUCCAUACACUUAGAUUAUAUAAACUAUAAAAAUCAAGAUACAUUAGUAAAUAUAUGUCAUUAUAUUCAGUGAAAUUUGCUAGCAAGCAUCGUUGUAUAUAUAUUUAAUUUAAGUGGACGAUAUUAUGAGAUUAAAACCAUCCAACUUUUCAUUCUAGUGUCUUCUCAAUGCGUGUACAAAAAUAUAAAGUUUUUGAAUCUAUCUGUACUCUUAUAUAGACUUUGUAUCAUGUGUAUAAUUUAGUUCUACAAGAUGGAAUUUUAACAGUUUAUUUUUAAUGCAUAAAAUACUAUAUAUUAAAUUGAGUUUGCAACUUUUAUUUGAUGUCAAUUAGCAAGUGGUUUUAAUAACUUCUUUGUAUUAAUAAUAGGAAUCCAAAUAAAUUUUUAAGGAUGUAAAUUUUUUUUUAAACAUUGUUUUUUUUAAAGUUGCAUUUGAUUAAAAUAAAUUAUUAAAAUGUAGAAGUGUAUAUGUUUUUCAUCUUAACAAUGUGUCUUUUUAUCUUAAAAAUUACAUUGGUUUAAAAUAAGUUGUCAAAAUGUCUAAAAUGUAUUUUUUUUUUCAUUUUAACAUUGUGUAUUUUCAUCUCAAGAGUUUCAUUAGUUAUAUCUUAAAAAUAUAUCCUUUCAUCCUGAAAAUCACUUUUGAUUUAAAAGAAAUUGGUAAAAUGUCACAGAUGUGUCCUUUCAAAUAUUUCAUGGGAAAUUGUCAAAUAUAUAAACAUGUAGCUUUUCAUCAUAAGAAUUAGAUAGACUAGAACAUUUUCUUUUAUACAUGAGUUUAAUGACACUUAAAUGGAUGUAGAUUAUUAAAGAUUAAGUUGAUUAUUUGCAACCGCGUAAGUCAUCAUUGCAAUUGUUUGGUGAACAGUUAGUUGCAAGUGAUUAAAUAAAGCAUUCCAACUGUUGUGAUUGCAGUUUUGUAGUGAUGAACGAUUACAAUAUUUGGUGAUGAAUCAUUGCAAUUGUUAGAGAUUGUUACUUUAGUGAUAAAUUAUUGCGACUUUUGGUGAUAUUUUUUGAAACUUUUAACUAAGCAUUGCAAUGUUUACUUAUUAACCAUUGCAACCCUUAGUCCUUUAUAUAAAGAAUUGUAAGCAUUAAGAAAUCACAACUAAAAACCCAUAAAAACUAUAAAUAGAUUAGAAAAGAGAGAUAUUUAUUGUAGAUCAUAAUAAUAUUUGAAAAAAACAAGUAAAUAUAUGAAGUACUCUAUUUGUUAUUAUUGUAUCUUCGACUAGGCCUAGAAAAUUUGAUUGAGAAACAGUUAAAUUCUAGAGUAUUUUUAUCUCAAUACCCACUUCAACUUCAAAAAUUUACUAUUUAGAGAUCCAAUAAAUGACCAGUGAUUUUUUUUAAAAAGCAAAUCCAUAAUUUAUCAACUUAAUUAUUUAAUUAAUACAUUAGUUUAAUAUAAUGAUUAUAAUAUUUUUUAUGAGAAUUCCACAAAAAUUUAAUAUAAUAAUAUAAAUGAAACGGAUCAUGUCAACAUAAGUCAAUAUACAUUUAUUGUGAUAUCUAUUUCUUAAUAUUUUUUUCUUAUGAAAUAGAGCAUAUAAUUAAAUGUAUUUAAAAUAUAUUUUUUUAGCAAACAUGAAAAUAGUAAUCCCUGAAAGCAAUUGUAAAUAAGUAUGGAAAAAACUAUUAUUAAAAAUAUAUUUUAUUUGAUUUUUUAUAAAAUGAGUUCCCGUGCGAUAUCGCACGGGUUCUUUACCUAGUUGUUCUAGAAAUAAUUAAAUUAAUGCAUUAAAACAAAUGUAACCGAUAUACUUUUUUGGGGUCGAUAUACUUGUUAGGAUUUAUUACAAGUUUGAUGGAAAGCAAAGCUUAAUAACUCAUCUAGAAAAUUAAACAAAGCGAACAAGUCUUAGAAGUUACGGUUACUUUGACCUCUCUAGAUAUGAUUCUCUUGUUUUAACUGUUCUCCACUCCUGAAUUUUAAGGUCGGGUUGUUUAACCUUCCACCUCAAAUCCAUUCAUUAAAAAAAAAUCCUUUCCACCUCUAAUCGUAUUUGAGUUUGUGGCUCACAUUAUUUUUAUAUUGUCAGGUCUCGUUUUGCUUUGGUCCGUUAAAUUCAUCAUUUUGAAUUUGGAACUUGUACUAUUUUAAAAAUAAGUAGCGACUAGCGAGACCAACAAUAGUGAUACGUUGUCUAGAAACAAAAGAAAGAAAACUCAAUGAUUGAUAUUUGAUACGACAUAGCAACUAUGACGCGCACUAAAACCCUUUUGAAUCGAGGACGACAAACAUGACUUCUCUUGUCCACUCUUAUGCUCACUCUUGUCAAAAAAUCAAGGCGAGUUUACUUGAAAUUGUGGAUCUUAUUCACGUGGCACAUAAAAAUGAUAAAAUAUGGUUAAGACACUAUAACUUUAUACCAAAUUUUCAAGCCAUGAUACGAUUCACCGCACCCAUUAGAUUUUCUCUCAGUCGAAUCAUGGGAACAUAACCAAAGGCCCUUUUGUUAAAAAGCUGGUCUAGUGAAAGAAAAUGCCAGCACUGAACUUUUUCGGUGUAUUUUUUAAUCCUCACAAGCUUGGACUUAAAAGAGUAACGGUGGCACCAUUAAGUGGGAUACGGAAAAGCAAAGAUGCAAGUUGAUAAAAUAUAAAACCUAAAAAUCUUUUAGUACUCGAAACAGAGACGCUUUAAUUCUCUAUGCAUGGGUGUAGUUGGUUGGUUGCAUUAUUCUUUAGUUUUCUUAAAGGUUUUAUUCUCCUAAUCAAAUCACCUAAUUCGAAAUGACAAGACAUAUUUCAACAUAGAAAAUAGCCCAUAUUAUUUGGGAGAGAGUGUCACAGAUUGAAUAAAAUGAAACGUACAUGGCAUACCAAAAACGUAAAGUGCAUCGUCGUUGCAUUACAUUUCGUUUUGUAUGUGUAUCUGCACGUUCUGUAUAUAUGGCGUAGCUUAUUGCAAAUAUGAGUUGGAUGCGAAAAACAAUAAUGUCAAAACAAGUAUAUGAAGAUGCUAUUAUUGUGGUAACAUUUUGAUGAUCUUUUGAUUUCUUACCCAUUUCUUGGAUUUGACAAUGUUACACGUUUCGUAAUUCAAUAAACUUCACAACCUCAAAUGAUCACAGUGCCGAAAAUCAAAGUUCAAUUACGUGAGUAUCCCUGAUAUAAAAUAAGCCGGGAAAAUAGAAAAGAAAAGACCAACAGGUUCAUUUAAUUUAGGUAAGAUCUUUAAGAAAUUUAUGUUAACUUUUUUUAUUUGUUUAUUAUUUACUUAAACAAACUUUAUUUAGACAGGAUGAAAACUCAAAAACACUACUUAAAAAGCUCAGAGUUCUCCAUGUUUUAAGGCUAUUGAGAUCCAUCUCACUAUACUGCAAAAGACACACACACAAUGGUCUCUACUUCUCCCAUUUCUCCUUCUAGGGAAACUGAUCGGAAGUCCAGCGAGAAAUGGACGGCGGUAGAACCAUCACGGCCAGCCAAGUGGUGGUACUCCACCUUCCACACUGUCACCGCCAUGAUCGGCGCCGGAGUUCUUAGCCUCCCUUAUGCCAUGGCUUACCUUGGCUGGGGACCAGGGACACUAUUGUUGGCACUGACAUGGGGACUGACCCUAAACACGAUGUGGCAGAUGGUGCAGCUCCAUGAGUGCGUUCCUGGAAACCGGUUUGACCGGUAUAUCGAUCUAGGACGGUACGCUUUUGGCCCAAAACUCGGCCCAUGGAUCGUCCUCCCGCAGCAGCUCAUCGUCCAGGUCGGGUGUUGCAUUGUUUACAUGGUUACUGGUGGCAAGUGCGUAAAGCAGUUCGUGGAUAUCACGUGUUCCACCUGCACUCCCGUGCGACAGUCGUACUGGAUUCUUGCCUUCGGUGGGGUUCACUUCCUUCUCUCCCAGCUCCCUAACUUCAACUCCGUCGCCGGUGUCUCCUUGGCUGCCGCCGUCAUGUCCCUCAGCUACUCGACGAUAGCGUGGGCAGGAAGUAUCUCACAUGGAAGAUUGCCUGACGUGAGCUACGGUUACAAGGCGACGAAUCCAAGUGAAUUCACGUUCCGAACCUUCAGUGCCUUAGGUCAAAUCUCAUUUGCUUUUGCGGGUCAUGCCGUUGCUCUAGAGAUCCAAGCCACAAUGCCUUCAACUCCUGAGAGGCCAUCGAAGGUGCCCAUGUGGCAAGGAGUUAUGGGAGCUUACUUUGUCAACGCCAUUUGCUACUUCCCGGUGGCUCUAAUCUGCUAUUGGGCCUUUGGUCAAGACGUAGACGACAAUGUGCUGAGGAAUCUACAGAGACCUGCUUGGCUUAUUGCUUCUGCUAAUCUCAUGGUUGUCGUUCACGUCAUUGGCAGCUACCAAGUGUUUGCUAUGCCUGUCUUUGAUCUUUUGGAGAGGAUGAUGGUUACUAAAUUCGGUUUUAAGCAUGGAGCUGUUCUGAGGUUUUUCACUCGAACUACUUUUGUCGCAUUUACGUUGUUUACUGGAGUGACUUUCCCCUUCUUUGGAGACCUUCUAGGGUUCUUUGGGGGUUUUGGAUUUGCUCCCACUUCCUUCUUUCUCCCAAGUAUCAUGUGGCUUAUCAUCAAGAAACCAAAGAGAUUCAGCAUCACGUGGUUGGUCAAUUGGAUAACCAUUAUGGUGGGAGUGUGCAUAAUGAUGGCGUCAACAAUAGGAGGAUUGAGGAACAUCAUUGCGGAUUCUUCUACUUAUAGUUUCUACGCUUAAUUAUAUUGAAUAUAGAUCGUAGACACACCUCAACUAUAUGAUCAUAUAAUUAUAUAAGUGUAGGAAUAAACCAUAUUAAUGAAUAAUCGUCGUGCAUGCGCAUCAAGUUAGAAAGAGUGUAAUAUAUACAUAAUCUGCUACUUAAUUCAAUAAGACAAAUAUACUGUUAAUUAGCUCUACAUUGAUCUUCGAUUACGGCUACCAUUCAUCCACACCUGUCAUGAUCUUUCGAAAUACCACAAUUAUCAUGAUUUUUCAAAAUACCACACUUAAAAUGAUAUUUCAAAAUAAUAAUAAUAUGCCAUGGUUUUACCUUGGCUGGGUACUCUUUCUAAUUUUACAAGCUUUAUGCCCUAAAUUAUUUUCGUUACUAAGCUGAUGAUUUUGCAACUGUUAAUGCAAUUUAUUCAGAUAUGAGAAGAUUCAGAAAACAUAUAAAAACAGUUACACUUUAAGCUGAUGAUGAUUAUGAAACUAGUUGUAAUUAAACUCAGAUAUAUAAUAAGAUCUAAAGAAGAUUCAUAGAACAUGCAUAGAUGAAAUUGCACAAUAAGUAGAUGAUUCCAUAUAUAGAACAUUCAAAAAAGAAAGAAAAAAGCAAACUGCACUAUAAGAUGAUGAUUAUGAACUAGUUGCAACUAAAUUCAGAUAUAAGCAGAUUAAUACAGCAUGUAAUAAAGAAAGGAAAAAUCAAAAGACGAAUCAAUUGUAAUUUUUUAUUGGGUCAAUUUGCUGAAUAACCAACUUUGGCAUCAAAAUUAAGUGAGUAGCAUUGAUUUUGACGUAAUGUAAUAUCUAUCAUUUAUGCCAAUUGUUAUCCGGUUCUGCCCCUUCUUCCAUUAAUCAUCCGGUAAUAUUGUAUUGCUAGAUAUGACUUGGUCAAAAUAACGUAGGGUAAAGAUUAAAUUAAAUACUACUUUAUUUGAUAGAAACACAUGCAGCCACGUACCAAUUUAAUCCACCCAAAAUUUUCUUAUUGCUGGUCAAUAAUGAAUCACUAUUAUUUACAAACACAUCACGUAAAAGAACUCAUGUCACAAAUUUACUUAUAACAUAUUUAUUUACUAUAUGAAGUAGAAUGAGCGGAUAGAAACAUAAUUUAAAAUAAAAAUAAAAAGUGUAUAAACCCUAAACCCAAAAAAACAUAAAUUUCCAAAUACUAAAUCCUAAACUCUAAUCACUAAACCCUAACUCAAAUAUAAACCCUAAACCCAAAUAUAAACACAAAACCCAAAUAGAAUGGAACAAAAUAAAUAACAUAGUACAUAUUGGUGAAACUAUAAAAUGUCUAUGAUUGCAUGAAAGAAGUUAGUGUUGACCCAACCAUACCCCUCACCUUCUAAAUACUAAACCCUAAAUUCCAGUCACUAAACCCUAUCCAAAUAUACCCUAAACGCUAAACCUAAAUAAAUAGAUUAAGCUAAACCCUGAUCAAGGAAGUAUAAACCCAAAUAGAAUGUAUAUAAUGUGUUUCAAAAAAAAAAAAAAAAAAAAAAA